GACGUUGAACUCACGUCAUUGACACAUGUUAAAAUUUAUUUAGUCUAGAGUUUAAUAUUCUAUUAAUAAACUCUAAUGGCGUCCCCCAAACAAAUGAAUCUAAUUCUCAUAGGUAAAACUGGAAAUGGAAAAAGUGCCACAGGAAAUUCCAUACUGCGUCACUCGAGAUUAUUUAAGUCAAGCUACAACACGACCUCGAUAACAAAAUAUCCUCAAUACGAGGUAACUCAUUUCCAGGAUAGAGUGAUUCAAGUUGUAGAUUGUCCGGGUGUUCUAGACACGGACCUUGCCAAGAAAGGUGGUGUAGACCUUGUUAAAGAAGCGUUGCAGAAUGCUAUCUUAGCUAAUCCAUCAGGAUACCACGCUUUUCUUAUUGUGGUUAAAUUUGGUAACCGUUUUACUAGAGAAGAACAACAGUGUAUCGAGAUUAUGAAAGGCAUUUUGGGAGAUGAUAUAAUUGAAUCCCAUGGUAUUGUGGUAGUGUGUAACGGGGACACGUUUGAUUAUAUAAGUGCUGAAGAAAAAAUCACCUUUGAACAAUAUUGUAAGGAAGAAACCGGUCCAUUUAAAGAGCUUCUUGAAAAUUGUAAAAAUAGAGUUCUUCUUUUUAAUAACGUAACGAAAGUCGAGGAAGUUAAAAUAAAGCAAGUUGAAAGGUUAGUUGAGAUGGUCGACACCCUACACGCCGAUGGUAAAUGCUACACAAAUGACGACUUUCAAAAGGCAGAACGGAUACAAAAAGCUGUGGCAUCGAUAUCGCCCGACCCGAUGUUGGAGAAGAGAAUGAUAAUUGUCCAAGGGAUUAUUUUGCAGCGAAUGUUUGAAAGUAAAAAAAUAUUGUCUGUAAAAGAGCAGUUAAAAAUUUUAUUAGAAUUGCAUGAAAAUAUUAAGAAGCUAGUUAAAGAAAUUGUAGAAAAAGACAAAGGAUCCGGAACGUUCAGUAAAUUUAGGAAAAGCAUAGAAACUACUCAAAAACUUCUGGAAGACAACAUUAGGAUGUUAACAAAAGAAAAUAGCUUACCCGAUGUAAUUGAGAAGAAGCAACAAACAACUUGUGCUGAAGCUGUAAAGGAUACAAUUGAAGACACAAAUAUAAGAGUUAAAUUGAGAGAAUCUGACGCACCACAUUCAACGUCUAGUAUGUUAGAUGAACAUAAGAUAUACAAUUGCUCAAUUAAUCUACGAGAUUGUAAUGCUACAACACAAAAAGAAACGACAAAAGAGCCAUCCAAAUCUCGAAAUAGAUUCAAUUCUAAAACCAAAUUUCCCAGAAGUAAAGCAAAAAACAGGAGAGCACCGGUCGACAUGCUGGAGAAUGAACAAGCUGAAACUAAUAUCACAUUAAACAAUCCGGAUGAAGGAAGUCCAAAUACCACAGGUAUGAGAAGACAGAUCAACAAAGCAGGGUACACUUCAUCAAUGACAGCUGAAGCUGAUAAAGCAGACGUCGAUUUUAAAAAAGAGUUAAAGAGUCUGGAAAAAGAAUUUAUGGAACUUAAACGUGAAUCUGACAUGGUAAUGAUGGAGAAAUGUCUACAACAUUUAAAUGCAGAUAAAAUGGCUGAAGAGCAAGUGUCAAGUCUAGAUCUUAUUUUGGUCGGUAAAACAGGAAGUGGGAAAAGUUCAACAGGAAACUCAAUUUUAGGAAGACCGAGGAGCUUUAACGUUGGCUAUACAACACGAUCUGUUACUAAAGCACCUAAGUAUGAAUGGACAGAGUUUGAAGACAGAGUAAUACAAGUGGUUGACUCCCCUGGCUUAAUUGAUACUUAUGCUAAUGAAACAGAAGGAGUAAUCCUUGUCCAAUCUUCUUUACAAGAAGCCAUGUUGGCUAACCCAAAAGGUUAUCACGCAUUUUUAGUAGUGAUAAAAUUUGCGACACUCUUUACACCAGAAGAACAGGGAACUGUUGAGAUAUUGAAAGGAAUAUUAGGAGACAAUUUUUUAAAGGACUACGGCAUAAUUGUCAUGUCAAACGGCGACACUUUUGAGCACCAUUGUCAAGAAGAAGGACUGAGUCUAGAAAAAUUCUGCGCCGAUGAACAAGGUCCUUUCAAGCAAAUUUUAGAAGAAUGCAACAACAGAAUUGUUGUUUUUAAUAACAUAACCCACGAUGAAAAUGUGAAACACAAACAAGUGAAAGAGCUAAUUGCAAUGGUAGACAAGCUUAAAAAUGGCGGUAAAAGAUACACGAAUGAACACUUUUAUAGAGCUGAAUUAUUAUUCUGGGAAAUCAUUAAAUCGUCUGUUAUACCAGUAGUAAAAAAACCGAUACUACAAGAGCUAAGUUUGAUACUACAAGCCAUCUACAAAAGCGACGAAUUAACUGACGAAAAUGACAAACUGGUUUCAAUCGAAAAACUUGAGCAAAGGGUAAACAUUCUUCAUGUUGAGGUUAAUGAAACACAAAAUGAAGACCGAGCUCUUCAAUCCGUCAGGAAACUUAUAGAGGACACUGAAAUAUGUGUGAAUGAACGUAAAAAAGCAUACAUUGACUUAAUCGAGCUACAAAAAACGAUUAAAGAGAAACAAAACAAGUUGCCCCGCUUAGAAAAUGAGUUACAGAAGAGUAUAGCAUUAAGAAGAACAUUUGCGCAUGUGAUGAAACAGAAAAAAAACCUGGAAAAGGAAACGCAGGCCAUAGAGAAAUAUAAAAUGAAAAGAGAUCAGCUAAGAGCCGAAAUUUCGGAGAUAUUCGCCACGGAUAAGAUUAAAUUGGAAAUAAGCCGUAUAAUGUUGAAGGACGAUUGCAUCGAUAAUUUUUUCAUGCAAAUAAAAUCUAUAAUAAAAGCUGCUGGCAUUUUUAUUCUAGAUCAUAAACAUACAAUACUUGAACUGAUGAACAUUAUCAAGGAAAUGGCUGCAGACUAAACGGUUGCAAUUUAAAUUAAAUUAUCUCCGGAUUAGUAAAAGUAUUGAUUACUUAAACAGUUGCUUUAAAUAUAGGUUUCAUAUUUUAGAUAAAAUAUAAUGAUGUUUGACUCUGACUGCAAAUCUGGGAAAUGAUUAAAAUUUUCAAGGAAAUUCCUGCAGACUAAACGUAGUUAUGUUCAGUUACCGGAAAAACGGUAGUAAUUGAAAUUGAAAUAUCUCUGGAUUGGCAAAAUUGUUCAUCACUAAAAUAGUCGCUUUAAAAUUAGGUUUCAUAUUUUAGAUAAAAGCCUGUGAUAGCUUUUACUCUGACUGCAAAUCUGAGGGAAUUGCACAGGAUACAAUAAAAAUAGCUUUUUAAUUGUAAUUAAGCUUUAAUCAUUGUAUUACAGUAAUAUUUAUUUGCGGUAAUAAUUUACAAACAAGCAGUUGAAUUUAAUUUUUAACUGAUAAACCAAGGAUAAAAAGACUAUCUACCACUGUUUGU